UACAGUACCACAAACUCCACUGCAGGAAAAAAAUACUAGAAGAUGCCUUUGCCCCCCUCUUUGCGUUCCCCAGAGCCCUGUACUGCUCUCUGCACAGGGGCAGGCUGUCUAUUGCACAGGGGAGCAGUAAGGGGUCCCCUCCUAGAGGGGUGCUGCCUGCACCUUCCAGGACUCAGGCUCCAAUGCAGAAAAGGUGCCCCCAGUUCCCGCCCCCUGACAGUCCCGAGCUGGUUUGGCGCGAGAUUGCAGCGUCCUCCGGACCUUCCCAGUGCAGCGCACGCUGCCCGGAUAGCACCCGGGCUAUCCGACUAUGAGUAGCCGUUACAAGAACCGCUUGCGCCCUGCAGCUGGUAGCAUGGAUCCCUUCGGCAUGCGACAAGCAGACCUUUCAGGAAAGAAGAACUUCAUAGCAUUCCGAAAUAUGAAAUUGAUCCCCAUGGAAACGUCAUCAUCUGAUGACAGUUGUGACAGUUUUGGUUCUGAUAAUUUUGCAAACACCAAACGAAAGUUUAGGUCAGAUAUCACAGAAGAACUGGCUAAAAUUUUUUGUGAGGACUCGGAUGAUGAUUCGUUCUGUGGUUUUUCAGAAAGUGAGAGUCAGAAUGUAUUGAAAUUGGAGCCAGACUCUAAGGCAGAUGAUUUAUGUGCUAAGGAGAAGUUGCAAUACAGGAGAUGUGAGACACGCUCGAUUCCUCUGAAAGUGGCUAUGAAGUUUCCAACUCGAAGGUCUAAAAGGGGGAAGAGCGAAAUAGCAUCACCCCCUGAAAUACAACCAUCUGCUCUGGAUUCUGACUCUGAAGAAAAGGGCCCCAAAUUCCUAGAGAAAAGAGCUUUAAAUAUAAAGGAAAACAAAGCAAUGCUUGCAAAACUAAUGGCUGAAUUAAAAAAUGUCCCUGGUAUUUUCACUGGCAGAAGAUCAUUGUCAACUACCAGCCCACGACCAAAACGGGCUCCAAGAAGCUCAUUUCCCCAAAAUGCUUUAAGGAGGAACCCAGACCGAAUUUCUCGGCCUCACACAAGAUCCAGGUCCCUGAUUGAUGGGCCACCUACUCCUUUACAAGAGGAGGAAGAAGAUGACAGGUACAGCUUAGUGAGGAGAAGAAAGCUAUCUGAUGAAUACUCAGAGCGAGAGAUUCGAACUCCCAGGAGAAGUCGCCCUGGUGCUAUGGCUCUUCCUCACAUAGUGCGGCCAGUGGAAGAAAUAACAGAAGAAGAGUUGGAUAAUAUUUGUGAAACUGCCCGAGAUAAAGUAUAUAACCAGGUGAUGGGAUCCACUUGUCAUCAGUGUCGCCAAAAAACUAUAGACACAAAAACAAACUGUCGUAACCCAGACUGUGUAGGUGUGCGAGGUCAGUUCUGUGGACCUUGUCUUCGCAAUCGAUACGGGGAAGACGUCAGGACUGCAUUGCUGGAUCCAAACUGGCGCUGCCCACCUUGUCGUGGAAUCUGCAACUGUAGCUUCUGCAGACAGCGGGAUGGUCGGUGUGCUACUGGUGUGCUGGUUUAUUUGGCCAAGUAUCAUGGCUAUAACAAUGUUCAUGCUUACUUAAACAGUCUGAAACGUGAACUUGAAAUGGAAGAUUGAGGUUGUGAUGAGUUGUCAGGGGCACCUUUCUGUAGUCAUGAGCUCUUUCAUCCAUGUCAGACCUCAUGUGCUGUUAAUUGUUCAAACAGCUGAGUUUUAAUCCCAGGGUGAUCAGCAUUUUCUUUUUUUCAGGUAAAAAGGGACAAAGAUUUUCCAGGAUGGUCAAUAGGUUUUCCACAAAUCAUGUCGAGUCCUUUAAAUAUUGUUGGAUAGGCUCUUUCUUUCCCCUUCCUGUUCUUACGCAGCCUGGCUGGCAUCCACUUUUUUCCUCCCCUUCCUCCCUGAAAUGGGAAGUGAGACUUGACUUGGCUUUAAACUGUUAGUGUCUGACGCCGAUGAUAAUGUGGGUUGCCAGCAGUGAUGGAAAAUGACUGCACCUUGUUAAUAUUAGUGUUUCCACUAUUGCUGCCAGUAGCGAUGCUGCAUCAGUGCAAAGUGAAUAGUGAGACAGUACUGCUGUGUAAGUACAAGACCUCAAUUUGGCUUACAGGCAGGUCAGUUUGAGAAGCUUAUUUAAUCAGUCACAAAUGAGAUUGCAAGAUCAAAUGUAAUAAAUCAUGUACUGCUUUUAGAACUUUAUGGACAAAUGGUCUCUAGCCGUUUGGAACUGGUGCCUGAAUUUUCAUUUAUUUUUUAGGAGCCAGUGGUUUCAAAGCCCAUAGUUAGGUGGGACCCUGUCUUGUACAAAUCACAUCUAGCUAUGUAGUGCUGUUCAGAUUCGGAUAACAAAGUCUUUUAAAAAGAAAUUAAAUAUCCUGACUGAUGGGGUAUUAAAUGAGACUUACAACCCUUUUCCCUAACGGCUAAAGAGUAAUAGUCUAGUAGUGCAGAUGUAAUGGUUGAAUAUAUUUUGGUAACAUUCACACAUGCUGUUGCCUGCUUCUGAAAACAGUCUAGCUGUAUUCCCACUUAAAGAGGCCUCAGCCUAGCUGUAGAAAGUUAUUUUGCGUGACAUAAUUAAUGAACUAAGUACAGCUAAAUGCAAGGACUUAAUGUUGAAAAGAUCUAGUAUGCUGCAUGGAUGAGACCACUGUAUACUCAAAGCAAUGGAAAGAGCACUACAUCAGCUGAACCUGUACAGUUAAUGAAGAUUUAUAAUAUUACAUUUUAUCCCAAGUUGGAUUUGUUGAGCCAUAGCACUAGAUAUGGUCUUGGAUCUUUCCACUAGUAGGAUAUUUUAUGCAACAACUUCUUUCUCUAGCGGUUUUUGCCCCUUACCACAGUUCAGCACCUCAUACUGCAGCCAGGAACUAUAGUAAGCUAGAGUGAGAGUCUUCAAAGGCAAUUAGGCAUCCAACAACUCCCACUGUCAUUGUGUAUCUCUGAAAAUCUUCAUCCUCCAAAUGUUUUCUUUUAAUUAUGUCAAAGUUUGAACUUAUGUAUAGUCUAUGGUGGAUAACACUCUCAUCCUAAAUAGAGUGAAUAUUUGCUUCUUGGACAAAAAUCUAAGGUUGAUCUUUUGCAUUUCAUUGCAUUUGGAAAUAUAUGUGUUGUGAUAAUUCAAAUCACCUUCUAAUUGCUGUACCUGCCUUUGGGUUGCUCAGCUGUGUAAGUAUUUCUGAAAGGUUGGUCUUUAAUUCCCACCUUAAACAUGUCAUGAGAAUAAAUGCUAUAACUGGGUCAUCUGAUCUAUGAAGUGCUUCUAUACAAAAUUUUAUUUUGAUAAUAAAAGCUUUGCCAAG